AAACAGAGCGAAGAGAUAAGCCGUUAGGGACGGUUGGAAAACAUUGGAGGCCAAGCCAUGCUCACAUCCACAGCUUCUCAACUCAGAACCUUCCACUCUUUCUCACCACAACCAAACCCAUUUUCUCCCUUCAGAUUUUCCCUCACUUUCCGGGAAAAUAAGAAGAAAAGCACUUCCACCAGCGCUACUCCUCCCGGGAAAACCCGGGUUCAUACGCUCCCUCUCAGAGUCUCUGCUAAUUCCCAAGCUGCACCUGCUUCUACUGAUGCGUCCAAGGUGUCCUCCAUACCCUCUGAAAUGAAGGCGUGGGUAUAUGGGGAAUACGGGGGUGUGGAUGUUUUGAAGCUUGACUCGAAGGUGUCGGUGCCGGAAGUGAAGGAGGACCAGGUUCUGAUCAAGGUUUUCGCCGCGGCGCUUAACCCUGUCGAUUUUAAGAGGAGGCAGGGGAAGUUCAAGGCCACUGAUUCGCCUCUUCCGACUGUUCCAGGCUAUGAUGUUGCUGGUGUGGUGGUAAAAGUAGGCAGUCAAGUAAAGGAUCUAAAAGUGGGGGAUGAAGUAUAUGGAGACGUAAAUGAGAAAGCAUUGGAAGGGCCUAACCAGUUUGGCUCUCUUGCGGAGUACACAGCCGUCGAGGAAAAAUUAUUGGCUCCAAAGCCAAAGAAUCUGGAUUUUGUUCAGGCUGCAGCGCUGCCUCUUGCAAUCGAGACUGCCUACGAGGGUCUAGAAAGGACAGGGUUUUCUGCUGGUAAAUCUAUUCUUGUUUUGAAUGGUGCUGGUGGAGUUGGAAGCUUGGUAAUUCAGCUAGCAAAACAAGUAUUCGGUGCUUCAAGAGUUGCAGCCACUUCAAGCACUGGAAAAUUGGAGUUGUUGAAGAGCUUGGGUGCUGAUUUGGCUAUUGAUUACACUAAGGAGAACUUCGAAGAUUUGCCAGAAAAGUUUGAUGUUGUCUAUGAUGCUAUUGGGCAGUGUGAGAGGGCAGUGAAGGUAGUGAAAGAAGGGGGCAGCGUUGUGGCCCUAACCGGUGCUGUCACACCUCCUGGCUUUAGAUUUGUAGUCACUUCCAAUGGAGCUGUUCUGAGGAAACUGAACCCAUAUUUAGAGAGUGGAAAGGUGAAGGCGGUUAUUGACCCCAAGGGGCCAUUCCCAUUCACCCAGCUUGUCGAGGCUUUCUCAUAUAUUGAGACAAACAGAGCAACUGGAAAGGUAGUCAUACAUCCAAUUCCGUGAGAAUAAUGGAAAACUAGUCAAUUACUCAAUUUUGCAUCGUAUUAAACACUCCUCUCUGUAUUAGAAUGACAGAGUGAGAAUAUCAAGAUCAGCUGUGUUGAGUGCUCUUAA